AUGACAUCUCCAGCAACAAUCUGGCCACCCGCAUCUCUCAAGCGUGCUAAAUCAUCCCGCAAACCCACCACCAUUCCCAGUUCUCCAAAUUGUCCCUUCUGCGCCAUCGCAGCCGCUCAUCCACCCUCUCCGCCUUCUCGUGUGGAUGUACUGAACAAGUCACAUACGACGACGGCGAAGCCCGAUACCCGAUCCCCAGCCCCUCAAGCUCACCUCAUCCUCUCGACGAAGCAUGUGCUGGCGUUUCUAGACAUCAUGCCCCUGACGAGAGGCCAUGUGCUCGUGAUUUCCAGGGACCAUCAUGAGAAAUUGGGGAACGUUGGGGUUGAGGUUGGGAAGGAGCUUGGUAAAUGGCUCCCGAUACUUUCGCGAGCGGUGACAAGGACAGUGUUGGGCACUGAGUUAGAUUCGCGCCGUGAAGAUCCAGCACAGUGGAAUGUCGUGCAGAACAACGGUCCGAGAGCGUCACAAACAAUUCCCCAUGUCCACUUCCAUAUCAUCCCACGGCCACCUCUGGAUACGGACACUCCCCAAGAGGGAGGCUGGUUGAUGUUUGGCCGUGGCCAGCGGGAAGAGCUUGACGAUAACGAGGCGCAGGAAACAGUAGCUCAAUUGCGCGCCGAGUUGGCGAGGGAAGUUGCUCGGGUUAAGGAAGUGGAGGGUAUCGAUUUAGAUCUCGAUGGAGAAUUCGGGCAAGCGAAGGGGAAAUGGAGAGGGUUGUCGAAAUUGUGA